GCCUUUUCUGUCUUAGUAAGUACAUGGGAGGCCGUUGCUGAAGCUGUUGCGAGCAUCCCAUGCCUCACCAUAUAUUGAUGUUCCUGCAAUGCGGCUGCUUCGGAUUUUCGAAGCCGCGGAAGAGCUGGAAGGCUCAGGCCAGGACCAGGAGCAAAAACUUGACCGAGCAGAUGUUGGAGCAUGUCAUCGACGCCGCAGCGGGAGCCGUGCAAAGCUGGAACCCAGAUGAGUGGAAGAUGGUGCGUUCCCUGCAGGAGGCGAAUCAAUCACGGGCAUGUGUCGACUCGGUGCAGCACCUGGCAGACAGCCGGGCCAUGGCUGUGAAAAGGAUGCCGAACAGGUGGAUCAAAGAGCGACAGUCUGAGUUCGAGGAGAGUCAUCCUCAAUCAUCGGAGAAGCCCUGGGUUGAAAUCGGGCUUCUACGUUACCUCAAUGCAGCUGGGUUUCCAUAUGUCUGCGACUUGUUUGGCAUCUUCCGUGACGACGAGUUCACCUAUGUGGCGACGUCGCUGGCCACCGACGGGGACCUUUUCAGUUUCGUGGAGCGGUUGCAGAUGGAACCUGGUCCAGAACGAGAGGGUAUUAUCCGGCCAAUGAUGGAUCAGGUGUUUUCCGCCGUGUAUAAACUGCAUGAGCUCGGGAUUGCACACCGCGAUAUUUCACUAGAGAACAUCUUGCUGACCAAAAAUCCAGAAGGGGGCCUCCAACUGCAGUUGAUUGAUUUUGGCAUGGCCACCUUGUCAAGAAAGUGCUCAGAGAUUCGAGGGAAGAAGGCCUAUCAGGCCCCAGAGAUGCAUACAGACAUCAGCUACGAUAGCUACCUUUCAGAUGACUUUGCCCUGGGAGUCGUUCUAUAUGCAAUGGCAUUAAGCGACUACCCAUGGAUCUCCACGCGGCUGGGAACCUGCAAGUUGUUUGAGUUCAUUCAUAUGUGGGGCUUCAGGGAGUUCAUCAAGAAGCGGACCUGCAAGAAGGGUGUGAGCCCUCGCAUUGUCGAGGUGUUAUCCCCCGAGCUGGCAGAGCUCCUUGAGGGACUGCUCGAGCUGCAUCCGGAGGAGAGGUUGUGCCUUGGGGAGUCAUGCUACGACGACGGGGUGCAAUGGUCAGCUUGGAAUAUGGCAUGGCUCAGUGGCUCUCCCACAGAGCGGCGCUGUAUGAUCAGCUGAGCCGGUUGACUGACAGAACAUGUGGGCCACUGAAGAAGUGCCAGUACCUUUUGAAGGGGGAGGGCGAGUCAUGCUAUGAGUGGCUCAAUGACUCCAGAAGCACACCGAAACAAUCCGA